AAAGUCCCAUCUCAAACAACGACAACUAGUUCGAAAUCGAGAAGAGCUCAGAAGAAACGGACACGGCCACCUAGGUCUGUUUAGGGGAGCAGCACCUUCCUGUUUCUCUCUCUCUCUCUCUCAAAAACCCUAAAAUUCUUAGCCGUUGAUUCUUGGUGUUAAUUUAAAGUGGUUCCACCUGGACUUCCACCUCACUCUCCCUAAACUCCAUGAUAGCAGGUGCUUAUUAGAGAUCUUUGGGAAUAAACGUGAUCUGGUUGAGUUUGAAGUGGAGGAGUGUUUGGUGAGCCAAUUGAAAUGGGGACAGGGGAAGAGGGCACACCCUCUAAGCCUUCCAAACAAGCUUCUACAGCUCAGGAAAUACCUACACAGCCUUCGUAUCCUGAUUGGUCCAGCUCUAUGCAGGCUUAUUAUGGUGCUGGAGCUGCUCCACCGCCCUUUUUCGCAUCCUCUGUUGCUUCACCAGCACCGCACCCAUAUAUGUGGGGAGCCCAGCAUCCUAUGAUGCCGCCUUAUGGAACUCCUGUUCCGUACCCUGCUAUGUAUCCUCCAGGUGGAGUUUAUGCUCAUCCGGGUAUGGUCACGACUCCUACUUCAGUACCACCAACAAAUCCAGAGUCGGAAGGGAAGGGCGCAGAUGGGAAAGAACGAGCUUCAGCCAAAAAACCCAAGGGAGCUGCAGGAAAUACAGUUAAGGCUGGGGAGAGUGGAAAAGCAACUUCUGGUUCUGGAAAUGAUGGAGCUUCACAAAGUGCUGAAAGUGGUAGCGAGGGUUCAUCAGAUGGAAGCGAGGAGAAUGGUAACCACCAGGAGUAUGGUGCAAACAAGAAGGGAAGCUUUGACAAGAUGCUUGCAGAUGGAGCAAAUGCACAAAAUAACACAGCUUUAGUGCCUGGGAAGCCUGUAGUUUCUAUGCCUGCAACUAGUCUGAAUAUGGGAAUGGACUUGUGGAAUGCAUCCCCCGCUGGUGCAGGAACUGCAAAAAUGAGAGGAAAUCAAUCUGGAGCCCCAUCAGCUGUCGGUGGUGACCAUUGGAUUCAGGAUGAACGGGAACUGAAAAGACAGAAAAGGAAGCAGUCAAAUAGGGAGUCUGCUAGGAGGUCAAGAUUGCGGAAGCAGGCGGAGUGUGAAGAGCUACAAAAAAGUGUACAGGGACUGACCAAUGAGAAUCAUGGCCUUAAAGAUGAGCUGCAAAGGCUCUCCCAGGAAUGCGAGAAGCUUGUGUCUGAAAAUUCUUCUAUAAAGGAAGAGUUGACACGAUUGUGUGGACCAGAUUUAGUAGCAAACAUUGAACAUCAAUCUCGUGGCGGUGAGGGCAACAGUUGAGAUGGUACUGGUCUCUCUUUGUAGUAACGGAUUUUUAUUGAGCUCCGGAGCCAUGACCCUCACUUUAGUUGAGUGUAGAACAUUUGUUUUUCUUAUACUAAUUUAUACGCUUAACCCUACUCUGUAACUGUAUCGUUUAUUUGUGAACUGUUAACUGAGUUGGGUCCUUGAUGGAGCAACCAUGGCGAUUGUUGUAUCAUUGGAAAAGAGUAUAUAAUAGAUAACUUCCGUCUUCUCCUUA